AUGGCCAUGAAUCAAAUAAAAGGCCACAAUAUCUAUGUCGGAGGCAUAAUAGGCGCCAAAAACAAAGCAGCAUUGGCACGUGCAGAUAUCACGCAUGUUCUCUCAGUGCUGCGUCUUAAUCUCAACCUAGCCGAGGAGCAAGAGACUUUCAAGCCUUACCAUCAUCUUUCCAUAGGAGUUGACGAUGUCGACGAUGAAAAUUUAUUGGAACAUUUCCCUGCCGCUAUCAAGUUUAUCCAGUCCGGCCUAAACGGUGGUGGAGGUGUACUGGUGCACUGUGCGAUGGGGAAGUCCCGCUCCGCGGCCAUUUGCAUCGCCUACCUGCUCCACCGGCAGCCGGGGGCACUCACACCGCAAUCUGCCCUUGCGCUGCUUCGGCAAAGCAGGCCCCUGUGUGAGCCAAACGAUGGCUUCAUGGAACAGCUGAAUUUGUACCAUGAGAUGGGCUGUCCAGAUGAUGUCACUGACCACCCCGUGUACAAGCGCUGGCUUUAUCGCCGCGAUGUCGAAGGCAGUGUGGCGUGCGGCCGUGCCCCAGAGCUGAAGUCGGUGCGGUUUGAAGAUGAACAACCCGUUCAGUCCCAAGACGCCACCGGUCGAACAGUCGAAAUUAAAUGUCGGAAAUGCAGAACCAAAUUGGCGACGACUCCAUUCAUCAUCCCGCAUGAGGAAGAAAAGCAAAACACCGCCAAGUCCUCAGUAACCGCCGAUUGCGGUCAUGUUUUCCUCCACCCCCUGACCUGGAUGCGCCCAAGUCUCUUCCCAUCUGAGGGAGCUGAGGCUAGUGCGGAUACAACAUAUGGUGCGCACCCGGACGAUGCCCUCUCUCUGGGCGCCUCACUUGCCCCAAUCCUAUCUGCGGGUCCAACGUCGGCAAAUUUGCGUGGCAAGGACUUCGAUGCAGCUGCGGUGGUUGGGUCGUGCCAGCCAUCGGUCUUACGAAAGCCCGUGUCGAUAUCGCAAACCAGCUCAACAUGGCUCAGGGGCCAAGAGUUAACCCUGCCAUCCGUCUUCCCCGGGAAUGCGGGCCCUCGCAGCUAA